CCCAUGAAAAAGAAAGAGCAAAGAGUCGAAGAGUGAUGUUUUUCUUCUGAUUUUUGCACUUCAAUGGAGGAGGAUUUAAUUGAAGACGAAAAGAAGCCAUGGCGAGUUUUAGAAUUCUACAGUGGCAUUGGUGGCAUGAAAUAUUCACUAAUGAAAGCCGGUGUAAACGCCACAGUAAUGGAAGCUUUUGACAUAAAUAACAUAGCUAAUGAUGUUUAUGAGCAUAAUUUUGGUCACCGUCCUUAUCAGGGUAAUAUACAGAGUCUGACUGCUGCUGACCUCGACACUUAUGCCGCCCAUGCCUGGCUUCUUUCACCUCCUUGUCAACCCUACACUCGACAAGGUCUUCAAAAGCACUCUGGUGAUCCUCGGGCUUUUUCUUUUCUUAAGAUACUUGAACUUAUACCACAUGCUAGGAAACCACCGCAGAUGCUGUUUGUGGAAAAUGUUGUUGGAUUUGAGAUGUCCGAUACACGUUUGAAAAUGGUAGAGAUUUUAGCCAAAGCUGAUUUUGUCACGCAAGAGUUUAUUUUGAGCCCAUUGCAGUUUGGUGUGCCUUACUCCAGGCCGCGUUAUUUUUGCUUGGCCAAAAGAAAACCUCUUUCCUUUAAGCAUGCAGUUUUCAAUAGUCAGUUACUUUGGUCGGCAGAACCAUUAGUUGCGUAUUUUGAUGGAGCAGUGACAGACGGACAUGAUCAACCUCCAGAGAAUUGGGAUAAAUUGCUCCAGUCAUGUGAACCACUUGAGAGUUUUCUCGAAUUUAAGAAUUCUAGCAACCAACUAAAUACAGAAAUUGAGUUUGGAAAUUUGGAGAACACGUAUGAAAGAAACAUGAGCACAAUGGAUCAGUAUUAUGUCCCGUCAAACCUGAUAGAGAGAUGGGGAAGUGCUAUGGAUAUUGUCUAUCCUGAUUCAAAGCGAUGUUGCUGUUUCACAAAGAGCUAUUAUAGAUAUGUGAAAGGCACUGGAUCUCUGUUAUCAACUAUCGAGCCAAAAAUUAAGGGGAAAACAUCUUCAUUGAAGGAGCAAGGCCUAAGAUAUUUUACACCUAGGGAGGUUGCUAAUUUGCAUUCUUUUCCUGAGGAUUUUGAUUUUCCACAGCACAUAAGCCUCAGACAACGUUACGCAUUGCUGGGAAACAGUUUAAGCAUAGCAGUGGUUGCUCCGUUACUCUGUUACCUAUUUUCUCAACCGUCGUGAUUUCAAAAUUUAAAAGCAACAGCGUACCGACUCUCUCAAGUAAAUUUUAUCUCAAUCUUCAUCGGGAGUCUUUGAGUUUCCCAUCAAUUUUUGGUUAGCAUAGGUUUUGCUGCAAAUUGUUUUAGUCUUUGCAACCUUAGCAAGCAUUAGGUAAUUACAGAGCGCACUAUAUAUAAGGAAGAGACAUGCUGCUAAAGAACUUUGGUUGCUAAAUGUUGUACCAAAUUGUAUAGUCACAAUUGCUUCCAUAGGGAGGAGUUGUAUCAUAUGGUUAAAUGUAAUGAAGUAUUUCUGCUUCUCAUUGUAUUGAAUGAUAGAUUUAAUAUUUAAAUGCUAAUGAUGCAACUUUGUUUA